AUGUCCACAGCUUUUACUCAGCCACCUCAACAUUCAGCAUUCGGAAAAUACAAACGUUGGUUGCGUUUGUCCCUUUAUACAAUAUUACUUCUGGCAGGCCAAUGCACAGCCACACUUUUGGGAAGGUUCUACUUUGACAAAGGUGGUAAAAGCAAAUGGAUUGCAACAGCUAGUCUAUCUUGUGGGUUCCCUAUACUAAUUCCACUCCUAAUUUACUCUGCCAAAUCAACCAACCAUGAUUCCUCCAAAACCAAAACCAAAACCGAACCAAGAAGCUCAGUUAUGAUUCCCUUGUACCUAGGUUUUGGUCUACUGUUGGCAGUAAUGGACUUCUUGUAUUCCUAUGGACUUUCAUGUCUUCCUCUUUCCACUUUUGCCCUAGUUUGUGCCACCCAACUAGUCUUCAAUGCGAUAGCUACUUUCUUACUCAAUUCCCAAAAGUUCACUGCAUUGAUAUUGAACUCUAUAGUUGUUCUUACUAUGUCAGUUGUCCUAGUCGCACUCAACACUGAAUCCGAGGACAAAAACCUUCCGAAAGAGAAGCAACUAAUCGGAAUCUUCUGUGCCCUUGCUGCAUCUGCCAUGUUUGCUUUGCACCACGCUCUCUUGCAGCUUUAUUUUGUGAAGAUUGCAAAAACAGAAGAAACCUAUCUUUCUCUGUUGAGGAUGAAUUUUUACCCCAUGCUCAUUGCUUCAGUCGCUGGCCUUGGGGGAUUGUUUGGAAGCGGAGAUUGGAGAAGUAUGGGAAGAGAGAUGAAGGAGUUUAAAUACGGUGGAGUGUCUUACGUAAUGACUCUGGUUUGGACUGCUGUGACAUGGCAAAUAGCAUGCAUUGGUAUGUUAGGAUUGAUUUUUGAGGCAUCUUCGUUGUUCUCUGUUGUAAUAGGUAACCUGGAACUCACCAUAACUCCUAUCCUUGCUGUGUUUGUGUUUCAUGACAAGAUUUAUGGGAUGAAGGUUAUAUCCUUCUUGUUAGCUAUAUGGGGCUUGCUCUCCUAUAUUUACCAAUAUUAUCUCGAUGCCCAAAAGGCCAACCAAGAUAAAAUUGAUGAUGGCCUUGGCCUUUCAAAGGUAUAA